AUGUUUGAGAAGUUGGUGCUCAGACGAGAUCGUGUUUCAUCGAAGAACUGGGCAUCGACCAGCGCCGUGUUUGAUGAUCGGCUCUCAUUCGUCAUCACAGCUGAUCAUCCGAUACGCUCCCGUGAGGUGAAGGCUCCUUCGUUUUCGGAGACGCUAGAGCAGGGUUUGAAGCAAAGUACAAGAGGAGUUGAAGUUGGGUCUGUACCUUUUAUCCCCGUAAGUGGAGGGCCAAAGCUCCGUAUCCUAAGCCCACCUGAGGCCAUACAACCGGGACUCUGCCGGGCUGCUGCUUGCCCGGGGUACAUCCAUGAUAUCACUCCAUCACCGUCAUCCCCUCCUAGUGAGCCGUUGAUGAUCACCAACCUUCUCAACCAUCACCAUGAAGAACCACCGUCUCUGCCAAGCUCACCAGAAACCGUUACAGACUCCACAUCUAGAGAUUUUGAUAUGGACAGCGGGAUCCUCAGUGUUCAGAGCAAAGGACAGUUGUUUCUGUCCUAUGAAGCCUUUUUGAUAACGGACGGACGAUCACGCCGUCGCGCGUUACAAAACGGUGGCAGCGGUGGGAUGAUCGGGCCGGGUAUUGAUCAACAGCACGACCAGAUAGAUGGAUCCUUAGCCGCCGUAGCCAACAGACCUAAAUACAAGUGCAAUGAGUGCGGGAAGCAGUACGCGACCUCUUCCAACCUUUCAAGGCACAAGCAAACCCAUCGCAGCCUCGAUAGCCAUCUUGCCAAGAAGUGUGAGGUCUGUGGCAAGGUGUACGUCAGUAUGCCUGCCCUGGCCAUGCACGUGCUUACGCACAACCUGAAACACAAGUGCAAUGUCUGCCACAAGUCCUUCAGCCGUCCCUGGUUGCUCCAAGGCCACAUGCGUUCACAUACGGGCGAGAAGCCCUUCGGCUGUGCACACUGUGGCAAAGCAUUCGCCGACCGCUCCAACCUCCGCGCCCACAUGCAGACGCAUUCGGCUUACAAGAACUACAAGUGCAAGCGUUGCGACAAGUCGUUUGCCCUCAAGUCAUAUCUGAACAAACACUACGAAUCGGCCUGCUUCAAACUGGAUGGAGAGAUUAGAGACGACAUGAUGACGUGUACGCCGUCGCCCCUGUCUGAUGCUGAAAAUAUAUCGGUCGAUGGAAACAUUUCUACGUGAUCAAAUCAGGAGAGAACAAUGGAACAAGCAAAUAAGUAUCUUACAAUCCAAUACGAACAAACGCCUUUUAUACGAAUACUAGAUUUUAUAAGAAAACAUUUCAGUGAGGAGAUACAGCUUAGACAUGUUUGCUGACAUAUAGCAUUGGUGAUGUAUCAAUAAGACAAAGUAUUUUUCAACAUUGAUCAAAUGAAUUCUUAUAUUUAUGAUUGUGCAAUUAAUGCUAAUUUUCUAUGGAAGGCAUUUAUAAUUCCAUUUUUCUGAAAUUUUUGAGUGUUACUAUUAUGUAUAAUUCGUGUUGUAAAUGUAAUUAUCUGGAAAUUAACUUUCCGAUAGACGAGUAUGCAAGCAAUAAACAUAGUAGUUUGUAGGCAACCAGGCGUUGUGUUAAAAGAUUUGUGCAAUAAAUAUUAUAUCAAUAGAAUAUGAAAUAAAUCAAUCAUCUCAGCAUAUGAUUGUAUGUAAAAAAAAAAUGUUUAAAAACGCAUCGCUUUCUUCAAAUACUGGAAUUUCGCUAAAAGCAGUUUAUAUACAUUUGAAUACCAAGCACUGCAAAAACAGAAUAGCGGUGUCAAAAUGUGCACGACAUGUGAUAACAAAAGAAGGCUACUCAAGCGGUUUGCACCAGUGACAAAAUUAAUGGUUGAUUCAAAACUCGAUGGAGUUAUUAUAACACAUUGAUUAUGUUUGUCAUUUUAUUACUACACUACUUUGUGGGUUUUUUUUUCAAACUGCAUGGUGCAUGAAAACGUCCUAGGGUGUGGUCCUGUCAGACACUAGACUAGAUCUGGACGUUAGUAGUUAUUUGUUUGGAAAACCCUAAACUCAUUCAUCCCACACUUCCUUUCACUAAUACAAAGUGAAAGAUCGGUUUGUGUGUGUGUGUACACUGUGUGGGAUGAAUGUGUGUAGGGUUUUCCAACUGAAACAAAACAGCUUCUAACGUCCAGAUCUAGACUAGUCAGACACGGACUGGUUGUAAUAUUAACAUCAUAUUUCACAGUGUGUAAUAUUUUGUUAUAUAAACAGUCUUUUCUUUAUUCAUUUAAGCUCGCGGUUAAUUAAGAAAGUGUAUGACACAAAUGAAUAAGACUUUUCACAAAUAAUAAUAAUCAAAUGUCAAUGAUGUAGGGUUUUCAGACUCUGGCUUGAAGUGUGCAAUGGUCUUCAAUAGCUCUAAAUGAUACUCUUUGGCUCAUAAUAAGUGAACAUUUGUAUGCUUCCAAAGUAUUAUACAGUAUUACAAUUAGCAUGAUCCAAUGGCGUAUACAAAGCUAUGUUUAUAAAGAGAAUUUUUUAUUGAACAAUAAUAGCAUCAGUGAAAUCACUUUUUUUAUAAUUUGCACAAAUUUCAAUUAUGAAAAAGUAAUUUAAAUUUCGUAAACAAAAUAUGAAGUUUCUCAUACCAAACCUCUAAAUAAACAUCUGUUUCAUGAUAAAGGGAUCAAAUCGUGAAAAAACCAUGUGACUCAAAAAAUAUAUAUUAUUUGAAAAUUUUCCGGGCCUAUUAAUGCGUGAUUAGUGAUUUGGUGUAAAUUAUGAUGUGUAUUUUUCAUGAUUGGCAAAUGUGUUUCUUCAUGUCAACUUGCAGAAAACGCAAUAAAUGUCCCCAUUGCACAGCUAUUUACAACGCACAUUGGCGAUUUUCCAAGACCCAAAAUAACGGGGCACAUUGAUAGAUAGACGUAGACAACUACUUGAGCUAAAUCUAUAUAAAUCGAUAAAGUUAAAGAUUGGUUUUAUUCUCAAAUGAUUGAUUGUAAAUAUUGUGUAUAAUAUUUCAUACUUUUUGAUACUCGUUCGAAGCUGAAAUGUACCAGUAUGUAACGUAUUUUUAAGCAAAGAGAAAGCAAUAUUUCGUGAUAUCCAAAUAGCUUGAGAACGUAUUUCAUGUAUGAAAAUAAUAAAAUCAUUAUGAUAUUUGAAAACUGUCAUAAAUAUUCCUCCAUACAGUAUAUUAAAAAAAUCAUAUAUCGAUAUGGACCUUCCAAAAGUGUGCAUUGAAUUCGCAAACAAUAUCAAGAAAAUUGUCAAAUUAGAACACACUUGAGAAUAUGUUCAAUUUUGCACCCUUCAAAUAGGUCUUCUUAAGUUGCAAAUAAAGAAACUUUUUUUAUUCUUUUAUAGGGAUGUAGUUUACAGCAACACUAAAGGGUGCAGAGUUGGACCCUAUACUGUAAGAAAGGUAAAAAACAUAACACUCUUUUGAAUGCAUCUUUUGGAACCCUUACAGGUGCAACCUUGUACCGUUUAAGGUGCAACCUUGUACCGUUAAGGUGCAGAAUCGAUUGCAAUGGGGGGUGCAAUAUACCAGACAGAAGGGUGUUGCUGUUGCCUCUUGGUGUCUCAAUCCCUUCAGUUACACACUAAAUGAGUCAAAUCAAGUAUCCACAUCAGCUCUCACUUUUCCAAUGGGUAUAAUUGACACGAACCAAAGAAUGCCUUUGUAUCAAGGAUUUGAUUAUUCGAUAAAUGAAUGAUCUUUAGAAAUUAUUUAUGAUACCAGUGAAACCGUGAUAUGAUGCAUUAGUACUUUUGCAUGCAGAUCUAUACUAGAAAAGUGUGAUAAAACACAUGUUUUUUUCUUAUCCUUAUAAUUACUAUUUAUAAUAAUUAUUUUCAGUGUUAUUAUUAUCAUUAACAUUAUGACAUUCAGUAUUAGAAAUAGAAAUAUUAGAAGUAUAAUUAUUAUUCUUACUAAUAUUAUCAAUAUUAUUAUUAUUAUUAUUGUUAUUAUCAUCAUCAUUAUUAUUAACAUUAUCAUUAGCAUUAACAUUAUUAUCCUUUAUUUUAUUGCAAUUCAAAUCACUAUCAUCAUUGCUAUCAAUACUAUCGUUGGUAAACUAAUGACGAUAGGGCCUUUCGUCGCCCCAUACACAGUGUAAUUUUGACAAUUCGAACAUUCCUGGAUAUCGAGCGAAAUUGAAUAAAUAUGGUAAAGGGAAUUAGUAUGUGUUAUUUUCCGCAAAUUAAUACUUUGUACUGCAACUGUGUUUGUUUUAUAGAGAAAUUGACGAUACACGUGCAAUAUUUUUAGAAUCUCUUAUCAUUCUACAAUGAUUGUGUAUACUAUAGGAGUGGCACGAAUCGACGAGAAUAAAGUUAACGUUUUUCGCGAA